AUGUGUGCGCCACAUAAGGGCGAUGGUGGCUGGAUUUCUUUAGGAUCUCAGAUCCGUUGCGGACAGCCAUCUCUGAAGCCUUUUGCUAUACAAGGGAUCUUUAGCACUGCGAGCGAUCUUUACGUGCUUUGCAUUCCAAUCAAAUUGGUAUGGGGCCUUCAACUUCCCUUCCGCCGAAAAUUGGGAGUCAGUGCAAUAUUUCUCACCGGGCUUCUGUAUGACUUCACAAUUCUCUUGCCCAAGUGCACUCUAACAAAAAUAGGGCUUGUGUCUGUUCUACAAUAGGCGCAGUUUUUCUCAUUCAAGAACUUGACAACCUAGAUUGCAUGUGGUCAGCAGUUCCUGUUUACGUCUUAACGUAGGUACCUCCAUUCCAAACACGGUUUCUUGCUCAUACUUUCUAGGGCGGCGGAACUCAACUCUGGCAUCAUCUGUAGUUGUAUGCCUGUUGUCUUCGUUCUGUUCAAGGGACUUUCUAAAAGGUUUAGUAUUCCUUCACUGAAAUACUUCAGAACCAAACGCCGGCGCUCGGACAAUAAAGAAGCUCCCUCAGCUCAACACUCGGAUGAGAUAUUAUUUGAGAACGAAAUGCCCCAGGUUCCAAGACCACUUAUCACAGGGCUAAGGUCUUUCAUUCAAAAGGUAGAUGGAGAACCCAGCAAGGGAAUAUCGACAGAAAGACCUACACAGCUUGAAUCAAUUCGGGGUUGA